AUGGGUAGAGUUGACUUAAAGUUGACCUUUAGUUGACUCACUUCUUGGUUAAUCAUCCAUGAUCUUUCUCUUUUUUAUUCUGCAAACAGAUUAAGGGGAUUAUUUAUUAUGAUUUUUUUUUUGUAAAAUCAAUCAAUUGUCUAAAUUAAAUAUUUUAAUUUAAUUCUAUAGCAAUAACCAAAGUAAUUGGAACAAUUUGGCUCAGGGAUGCAUCCACAAGUAGCUCAAUCUGAAGCUUCAAACCAACAACACCGAAGAUUUUUUCAAAGGAGAAAAAAUAAGAGAAAAAAUAAUGCACUGAAUCGGCAAAAAAAGAAGGAGUAUGCAAGGGUAGCUGCGGAAAAUAGACACUUGACAGGCAUAAUUGAGGGGAUGAUUUCCCAGUACUUGAAAGUUCAAGGCAAAAAUUUUCAGAAACAUGAAAAUUAUGUUUCCCACUUAGCCGGCGAGAAUGAUCAUCGAAGCUUUUAUGCCCAGGAUCAACAAUGCGCGGGCUCUCAUAUAGGAGGAAAUGAUGACGAGCUGGAUGUAAUGAAUGGUUUGGCACUUAAUGAAUUAGACAAUCCGUUGUCUAACGAAGUGAAAAAUCCAAAGAAUUCUCAGACCAUCCAGAAAAGCACCAUGAGUGAAUUUCUAAAGAAAAUUGAUGAUGAUGUUGCAAGCAGCAAUGAUUUCUCCGACUUUAUGGUAUGCUUUGAUGGGGAGCACAAAAAAAUUGGAAGAUACAGUUUCCCACUGUCUUUAGUUUCUACUGUGGAAAGAAUCACCAAUGUCUAUGGUGAUGUUUCUGCUCCGUGUUUAAAGAACUCAAGUGUUACCGAGAAAAUCUAUCUAUUUUUCUGUGCUACAAUUAAAGAGAUGGAGGAUCUAAAGCUUCAUCAAGUUACAGAGAAAAAACUGUUGAAAUGGAGGGAUGCUAUUAAGGAUGCUCUUCGCAUCAAUUUCAAAGUCGCUUUUGCUAUGCACCAUUUGAAGAGAAUUGCUCGUGCUUAUUUUGGCUGCAUAGGAAGCCAAGAGCUUCAGAGCAUAGGUGACAAAUUGGAUGCCUUGAACAAGGAGCGUGCGGAGACGUACCAGGAUUUCAAAGACUAUAUUGCUUAUGCAAAAGACUUCUAUGGCAAGUCUGUCAGCGAUGGUUUAUUCGCGUGAUCCUUCCAGUGCUCAAGCACCAAGAACUUUCUACAUUUCUAGCUAUUUUAGGUGUUGGUUCUUUAAUUUUGGGCCCUUUUUUUUUUCCCCUCUUUAUCUGGUUUAUGAAGUUGUUCAUGGACUAAUUUCUCACAAGUUUCUGAUGUUAAGGAGUUUUCUAGGUUACGGUCGUUACCUGAACAACAGUACGGUUUACUCACCUUGCCGUACUGUGUUUUAUGUGCCGAGCGUAACAUGUUUAACUCUUUUAACAUUUGAUUAGUUUGGAUACGUGGUGUGAGAGACGACUCUCAUCUGAUUGUUGGUGUCGCUAUAGGAGUUCAUUCAAGAUGGCACGUACAAUAGACUCUCACCACGCAUCCAACAAAGUGGCCUAUUGUCAGAGGUUAAAUUGAAACCUAUUUUUGAACCCUAACUUAAAAACUAAAGUUUUUUAGGUUAAGGGAUCAAGAAUACGUUUUGAUCUGAUCUCCAACAGCUACAUUCAUCUUUGUGUAAAAGUACAAUGGUUUGCUUGUAUUGCAUGUUUGGGUAUUUGCUAUUCCAACUUGACCUCUGUCGUAUGUAAUAACAAUGGCCUUUGAGUUUGCAGACAAAGUAUGAAUUUGAUCUUCUAUAUUAAUUAUUAAAUCGAAGAUUUUCAUGCAUGUUAUGCCAAUUACAUUUUUAUCCUUCGUUGGAGAUAAUCUUUUAUCAUUCUAUACUAUUCUGUCAUCCAUUUGCUGGAUUGAGCUCCUUUUCUAUUUUUUGGGUCAAUUAUUUUUUAAUAUUUUCAUUAUCACCAUUUAUAUGUGUACGUUAGACUCAAAUUGAAAUUAUGAAAGUCAUACCAACGAUGAUUUAAGAUAUAUUGAAAGGUAAUUAACAAAAUAUAAUGAAGUCAUCGGAAGGGAGAGGAUAAUUGAAGGCAAAAUAGAAUGAACGAAAUGGAGCAAAUAAAUAUGUAAAAACUUAUUUUCUACCAUGGUCUUGA